CAAAUGAUCCGCUUCAGCGGUAAUUCUCGUGUUUAACGGAUAGAAAAGGCCGAUACCGGCAAGCUGUUACAGGUUUCGCCAGGUCGAAGCAGCCGUUAAAUAGAGGAAGUCUUAAAACAAUUAAUGUUUGAGGAUGGGAUUUUUGUUGCUUCUUUGACGAAUAACUUUUUGUUCCUCUUUUAUGGACAGAGACAGCAGCACCACAGAUACCACUCAGUUAGGAAUAACUGGAGAGUAUAUGACAGGAGGGACGUAUGUCUUGCAGACCCAGGAUGAUGAUGGGGAUGAAAGUUACAAUGACCAUGAGGAUGGCAACGGCAGUAAAGACCAUUUCCGAGAGCAGGACAUCUACCUUCCCAUCGCAAAUGUUGCCCGCAUCAUGAAGAAUGCCAUCCCACAGACCGGAAAGAUAGCAAAGGAUGCAAAAGAGUGUGUGCAGGAGUGUGUGAGCGAGUUCAUAAGCUUCAUCACAUCUGAGGCCAGCGAGCGAUGCCAUCAAGAGAAACGCAAGACCAUAAACGGAGAGGACAUCCUGUUUGCUAUGUCCACUCUGGGUUUUGACAUGUACUUGGAGCCGCUUAAAAACUACCUGCAGAAGUUCAGAGAGGCUAUGAAGGGUGAGAAAGGCUUCACUCCGGUUACAGUCAGCGAAGGCCCUGGAGAAGAGCUUACAGAUGACAGUUUCACCGGUCAGUUGCCUGCAGGAUUGAUCACUGCUGAUGGCCAGCAACAGAAUGUGAUGGUUUAUACCACCUCAUACCAGCAGAUCCCUGGCGUUCAGCAGAUACAAUUCUCAUGACCGAAGACUGUCCCGACUUAUAUCUAGUAGCCUGUCCAGUGUCCAGACAGACUUAUCUCUUGUCUUGCAAAGUUUUCAGGUCAGUGUAGGAAGAUCAAGAGAUGCCUGGGUACCAGAACAGGAACAGAAGUGCCUGUUGUCAGGAGGAUGAUUUGAUCUUAAGUGAUGUCUUGUAAUUCAUUCAGUAUUAUAUAUUUAGGCCAGUUUGUUUAUAAUGGUGUACUUGGUACAGGCCGAACCAAAUUAUGACUUUUGGGAGGGGGUUCCUUGUAUUUAAUAUUAUUUUAGAGAUGGUGCAGUUGGAAGCUAGAAGGGGAAUCAAGGGAAUUUUCAUUUGAUUUGACAUUUGGUCUUAAUUAACCUAUUGAACUGAAAUUGUUAUGCUGAUUCUUUGAAUAAAAAAAAGUGAUCUGUA